UACAGUUGAUGUAGGACGAUAGCUCGCGGAGCUUAGACUUGAAAUACGCGGUUGAGACACUGAAGAUCUUUUUCAAUCUUAUAGCCUCCCUCUCCUGGUCUGACUAUGUGCUUUCCUUGGUCGAUAGAUCUGGAGGGUCGGACUUCCUUUUGAACUCUUUGUAAGUUCUCAUAUAUUUUUCUAGUUGUUUGGCUUCGGAUGCUUCAAUAUACAUUUUCUGCCUUUUUAGCUUCAAUAAAAGGAGUUUGUUCUCACCAUCAGAUGUGGCCGAAGGCUAGUCAACGUGACUUGAGGUAGAGAAAAUUUUAGGGCUUUGAGGUUCUGAACAUUCAGAUUUUCUUUUCGGAUCAAAUUGGAUGCAAAAUCUAGGCUUUGUGGAUUGGACUUUAUGUGUAUUCUUUUUUUGUUAAUCUUGCUCUAAAGAGUUUGUUGUUUGGGCUCUCUUUGUAAAGCUUUAGUCUGUUUGUCAAUCUAUGAAUUAUAUCUUUGAAAAAAAAAAACUAUUGAAUUUUAAAAAUAAUAGGACAUAUUUGUUAAUUUUGACAUACCCCACAGAAGUUUUUUUGGCUUAAUAUUAUUGUAUCAUUGUAAUAGGCGAGAGAGAAAGUCUUUCCUCUACCAUCUUGCACUUUCACAUUUAAAACAAGUAACAUAUUUUUCUCCAUUUUGUCCUGGAACUUAAAUAAAUGUUCGUCCUUUCUUCUGAUAUUCCCACUGGCUUUUUCCAUAUUGGCUUCUUUAAUGCCAUGAAAUAUUCAUUCUUUCAACGUUUUUAAGAGAGAAAAUUAAAAAGAAAAAUGACAAGUUCUAUAGUAGGACUCGGUUGUAUGGCUGCCUUUGCAAUUUCAGCAGGCAGUGUAAUUCUCAUUGCUCACCAACUCAACGAACGUCUAGUCUCCGAUUUCAUGAAAAAGGUUGAAUUUGAAUUAAUGGGGUCAAAGAGAGGAUUUCAAGCAAAGAAGAGGGUGCGAUUUGCAGAAGAUGUGAUAGAGCCAUUGCCAGAGAAUGAAGAAGAUUGUGACAAGCAUUUGUUGAGAAUAACAGAAGAUGGAGAAGCCCUGGAGACCAUGCCUGUAAAUAGGCAGAUACUUUAUAAAGGGAUUUUGGAGUACAGAACCCUGCAGAAAGGUUGCUACAUAUCUGCCUGAUUUUGAUUUCCAGAAACUCCAUCACUGGUUGGUUUUUGUCUAGAAAAUAGUUAAAAAAAUCUUGCUUCAUUUUUCUGUUUGCUAAUCUUAGAAAUUCCAUAGAUAUAAAGAUCUUCUCAUUCCAAUGGGAAUUGUCGAAUCUGUCUAGGAAUUAAUGGAUUUUUCUUUUUCCUUUUGGGUUUGAGUGUGGGUAGGCCGGGCCUAAGGCCGGUUUAGAUUUUUGAAAUCCGCAAUUUGAUCUGAUUUGCGAUUGAAU